AUGCAGUUCUCCAUCACCACCAUCCUCGCCUUCGCUGCCACCACUGCCUUCGCUGCUCCCCUCGAAGAGCGCCAGGUCGGCCUCUGCUCCUCGGGCAGCCCCCUCUGCUGCGCAACUGACGUCUUGAACCUCGCUAUCUUGGACUGCGCUGCUCCUAGCGUCACCCCUGCUGGCGUCAACGAAUUCAUCGAUACCUGCGCUGGCCAAGGCCAGCAGGCCAAGUGCUGCCUGAUCCCCAUUCUCGGCCAGGCGCUUCUCUGCUCGGAUGUUAACCCUACUGCCCCUGCUACUUCUGCUGCCUAA